AUGCUUAACCCUUGCAGAAAUUUUAGGCAAAAGCGUAAGAGGGUGGAAAAACAGACUAAUAACGUGACCUUAAAAGGAGAAGCACAAGUGAACCAAACAUCAACUGCUGCACCAUUGGAAAGUGAACCAAAUACCCCUUUGGUCCAUUGUCCGCAGAACGUGAGGUCUCAAACCAUAUUCAUCCUUGACAACGCUUCUCUGCAAAGGAAGUGGAAAAUUCUGAGUUCAGAUGACGAUGCCGAGCUUUUGUUGAAUCAAAAGAAGAAUCUUAAUGAUUAUCGACCUGACAUAGUUCAUGAGGCUCUCCGCUCCAUUUUAGACAGCCCGCUUAAUAAAGCUGGCAUGGUAGCAGCUAUAUAUGUCAAAAUUGAUAAAGGAGUUCUUUUUGAAGUCAAACCACAUGUUCGUCUUCCACGAACAUGUAAGCGAUUUUGUGGUGUCAUUUUGGAAUUGCUCAAAAUCCGUGUGCGUGCCAAAGAUACAAAUGAAGUACUCCUUCGUGUUCUUGAAGAACCUGUGACACGCCAUUUACCAGUCAAUUCUCACAUAGUAGGUCUCUCUUAUAGUUCGGAGAAGCUAGUUGACAUAGAGGAUUAUGUAUCAGUGGUGAGUGAUGCUGUUAGUCCCGUGUAUGUGGUAUGUUCCAAUUCUAUUAAUGGCUUAACGUGGCAGAAAACUAUGAGGCUGUUUGGUUUCUAGAAAGAAAAGAAUUAAAUUGAUUGAAGAUAAAAAUAAAAUGAUUAAGACGUGUGGGAGAGAUAAGUGAAUUGUGUUUACGAAGGAAGAAGGAUAAUUUAAUUUAUGAGAUUGGGAGUUAUGUGGAGGGGUGUAAUAUUUUCACAUUUCUAGUAUGUGCUAUGGAAUUUUAUCAUUCUUAUCAUGAGGUAAGGGGGUGAUUUAAUUCAUUUUUGUUCUUAUCUUUAAUCCAUUUCAUUCCACCAUUUCCAGUAACCAAAUGACUUCUAAGUUCAUGUGUGAUAUUGAGGU